UGUUACGCUCCUCGUCCACGUCUCUCUUGAGCUGUAAGACUUCUUCUGUCUAGCUUUGUUUUUAUCGGCCUGAAAGGCACUGUCUCUCCCGGGGGGCACUUCAUCUACUCUCGGCAGUGAGCGCGUGGGCUCUGUUUGUUCCUCCCUGAGGACUCCUAGGUGUCAGAGAGAAUCACGUGGAUUGAAAGGCCCGUGCCGUCUCCCCGUGUUUCCCAGGAGUCGGUGUCCCGUCGUCGUCGUCGGCGGUUGGAGCUUGGAAUUGGCGUCCGCUGUGCGACACCUCGACUCCGCAGUUCAUCAUUUGUGGUCGGGAUGUCCAGUCAGUGGUCACUACGGGUCCAGAGUGCUAGCUGAGCACUUCGUCGAGAAGCGCGCCUGGGCGUCCCCUGUGCACUCAGCGCUAGGUUAAGCGAGGACGUCGACUCCGGCCGGUUUAGUGUUGGCGUCCCGGCGCUGUGCUGACGUGGUGGUCGGCGAUGACCGAAGAGAGCGAGUAUCGCAUCCGGCUGGUGACGCUGGGCGGCGGUGGCGUCGGCAAGAGCUCUAUCGUCAAGCGCUUCCUGUUCAACACGUACUCGGACCGGUACAAGCCCACGGUCGAGGACCUCUUCUGCAAGGAGUACGACCUUGAGUCCAUGACGCUCAAGGUGGACAUCCUGGACACCGCGGGCGACCACCAGUUUCCGGCCAUGCGCCGGCUGUCGAUAGCUAAUGGCCACGCCUUCCUGCUCGUCUACAGCGUCGAUUCGAUCGCCUCGUUCGAGCUCGUCAAGCAGUGCUUCCAGGAGGUUAGGGAGCACAAGCCAGACUAUCAGGAAGUUCCCAUCAUCGUGGCGGGCAACAAGAUCGACCUGCCGGCCGACCGUCGCCAAGUGAGCAAGGAGGACGUUGCCGAGUGGCUCUUCUGCGACCUGCCCCGGCUGCGCGCAAAGUUCGUCGAGUGCUCGGCCAAGGAGAACACCAACAUCCGGGAGCUCUUCCGCGGAUACCUGCACCUGGCUCGCAUCCCGCACCACUCGGCUUCCGAGGCCGCGCCACACCAACUGACUCACGCCGGUGCGGCGGCCACGGCUGUCGGGGGCCUGCAGCGCCGAUGCAGCGCCAGGGUACCGGGCCCCAGGGGACUAGCUUCCUUCUCGUCCUCGCUACAGGCGUCGCCUUCGUCUGCCGUCCCAGAAAGGUCUGCCGAGGUGCAAGCCGUAGCCAAAGCCAAGCCCAGAAGCCGAUCGCUUAUCCGGAGGACGAGCAAGAAAGCGUCCAAGCUGAAGGAACAUGGCGUAGACGACUGCACCGUCUCGUGACGUGUCCAUCACACGGACAAAGCCAAAGCCGAAGCCACGGCCGCUCGCUCUCUGCUUGCUGCCGUUGGUGAACAGGCUUGCCGAUAGGGUUGGACAUGAAGACAGAAGUGUAUAGAAUUAAGAGAUGCGGGGAUUUCACUUCGCGUCUUAAAAUGGUCUCGGAUUGUCCCCGGAAAGAUAAGAACGCAGAAUGACCAAGCUGGAACAACGGUGAAAAGGGUAGCAAUUUAGUUUUUCAGCGCGGGCUUGCUGGAACGGCACCAAAAAAGUAAUAGUGUAGUGCAUACAUAAAAGCAAGGCACAAGAUCGGUAGCGCGGUGUGUUUGUGUUUUCAUGUGCCUUGUUUGUGUCCCCAUUUAUAUGCGCUACAAUAUUAUGUCAACAAAAUGUACGCUAACGUUGCCAUGUGAAAGAAGGCCCUUUGCAUAUCUCAUACAUGGAUCACUUCUGGAGCGGAUCGAACGUCGGGAUUCGAAAAACAUGUCGAUACCAAUCUCCAUAAUGGCUGAAACCUUGAAGCCGAUUCUGAAAUCCAGAGGUUGUUUUCUUCCGCGGUUUUGUUUUAACCCAUGGUGACCGGAUGGGGUGCCUCGCUAAAAAAAGAAAAAAAUACUCGAGGCCAGUCACGUGUCUGUAGCUCAUAAACGUACUUAUUAAGAACAAAAAUGGAAUGAAGGCGGUCAUGUGCGGUACUGGCCACAUGUUUGAGAUUCCCGAGUUAGAUGAAUAUCGCUAGCUCACGUGCGUAAAGGUUCUGUCAAUUCGUAAAAACACCAGCUCGUCCUCAUCUGAUAAGAGAGCACAUGCUAUCCUCGAUUGCGAGAAUGAGAUAACGAUUCAUGUAAUGGGAAUAAGAUUUAGCGAUUCCGGGCUGCGGUUGUUUCGAAUGGACCAAGAGAAACGUUCCCUUCUUGUACUCUUCUUACGCGCCUCUGUAGGUGCCAGCGUGAACAACACGGCGGCUCACGGAACUAAGACAAACUAAGAGCAAAUUAAAUUCACCCGCAUGUCACGUGAUUGUUGUUUCACAUACGCGUUAUGUAUACUACCAUAAAAGGAGAAGACGAGUGUUGUGUAAGAUCAACAAACUGCAGCUGAAGCUGAGACAGCGAGUUGUCGAAACUUGUUCGCGAAUUGCUACACUGAUACGAGUGAGACUGCGUAACGGGAACGGUGUUAGAAGUGGCGAUACAGGGUGUCACUCCUAUGGCGAUUUCAGUGCGAAGGUUUUGUCACAGCCGAGUAAUGUAUUUGUUUCGCUGUGUUGUUUCAUGACUGUCACGUUGUUGUACCGUCCCGGCCCUGACAAGGUUUGGCGUCGGCAAGUCCGUUGCA